AUGGACGACCAUGAAGAGCGCAAGGACCCCAAACUCUUGGGGGACGGAGACUUGUCUUCUGAAGGUAUCUCUGAUCUACUGAAACGAGGAAAUGAAGUCGAGAUCUUCGAGUGCGACAGAUCUGGAAAUGUGCGCACCAAGUGGCUUCACAAGCCUGAUCACACCAUCUUCUCAACGACCCAUGACAGUUCGUCGACCUACUUCUGGCCGUCUAUCUCUGCCAUCCGUCAGGCAAUCUACGACUCAUUCCUACCUGUGGGAUACCCGCACUCUGUGUCCGAAGACUACCUCGCCUAUCAAUUCUACGAUUCCCUGCAAGCCUUCUUCUCGACUAUCACCUCGCUUCUCGCCAACCGCGCUCUCCUACAGGGCCUUGGCGUCGGCGAUGCGAACUCUUCUGCCACAUUUGCCAUGAUGCUCACAAUCCUCAAAGAUGCCAUGUCCAGAAUCGCCACGAUUGUGUUUGCCCAUCGCUUCGGACUGCGCAUCGAACCAGACGCCAAGCGAUACCGCUUCUUGGCGGACUUGUUCAACGACACAGCAUUCUUCCUGGAGCUGUACAGUCCUUACUUUGGACCUUGGGGCAAGGUUACAGCCCUGAGCAUCGGCGAGGCUCUACGCGCGCUGUGCGGCGUCGCCGCAGGCGCCAGCAAGGCCGCUUUGAGCGUGCACUUUGCCAAGCACGAGAACCUCGCGGAACUCAACGCUAAGGAAGCCUCACAGGAGACAGCCGUGGGAUUGGUUGGCCUGCUCGUGGGAACCGUUGUCGUCAAGUUCGUGGAAGGCCAUUCAGCUGUGCUGUAUCUCAUGGUGGCCUUGGUGUUUGGACACUUGUGGGUGAAUUACCUGGGUGUCUGUUGUGUUGCUAUGAGCACGAUCAACAGGCAACGGGCGACGCUCAUCUUUGAGCGGAUCCGGAAGAACGGAACCGUCCCGUCGCCUCGUGAGGUUGCGCAAGAGGAAAACAUCCUGUUCUGGAAGCCUGUCUUGAAGAAUCAGGAUGGGACCAUUGUUGGAACCCUGUCCAUGGCCGAGAGCUACGGUCAAGCUCUCUCCGUACCCCCUGGCGGCCACGUCAGAGUCAUUGAUGGUAGUGGCUUUACCCUGUUCGCCAACGCGCAUGCGCCUGACGGCCAUCUCGACUUGCGCAUUUUACUGCACGCCGACAGUAUUCCCAUGCAAGCUCUAACAGCAUGGUUCGCGGCACUGGAGAUUGGUCUGCACACCAAGCUCUCCGACCCACACGCUGUUGUGGCAGCUCUUCAUCAACCCAAGGGCUACGCAGCUGCUUCGUCGCGCGCAAUAGCUCAGGCAGGUUGGAACACGGAAGCCCAGUCAUUGGAGACGGGCGCGCCUACCAGGCUUGCCCUGAGGGCUGCUCACCACAAGGAGGAGUGA